CCGCCCUGGCAGUAGGCAUCGAUCGUUUCCGCUUAUCGCCCGCUUUUAUUCAGUGCCCGUGUUUUUGACCCGCAGAGGGGGUGGGGGGCCAAACUUUCUUGACCCCGCCCUCGCACCCGCGCCGCCAUCGUGUCUACCCCUGGCCCGGCGGGAUUUUUUCGGACCCGUGAUUUCGGCGCCUUUCACCGGGGGAAAUUUCGGACCGUCCCUAAUUUCCGAAACUUCCAGUGCGUGUACGAUCUUCGGAAAGUUUUUUUUCAACCGGACUUUACGAAUCCCUUCCGAAUGACGAUUGAAUUUCUGGUGUCGGUCCCGUAAUCUUAAAGUGCGCUAGUUGUUGUUUCUCAAAGAAGAAGACAUUUCGUCGCAGGGCUUAGUGUUAUCCGCGAACUUUAACCGUAUCCUUCGAUUUAAAAGUGGGGAUGACAUUCGAGUAAAACGAAAUAAAUAAGUAAUGAAGUCUAGUCUUUUUCCUACCCACAGUUCCGUAUUAAGUUUUUAGUUUAAUUUCAUUAUCGUCUGUUACGAGUGCAAAGUAUUUUUGCCCCUGAGAAUCGAAUUAGUUUUAUGUGCCCGAAACAAAGCGAACGGAAAAAUCAACGAAAAUCCUGUUUCGUGUUCCUCAUUUACCGUUCUCCGAUCGCGUAAGUGAUCUCUCGGAAUCAACUUUAACCGUGCUUUGUAAACACUCAUCAAGGAAAAUUAUUGUUUGCCGUUUCGCUGUGUCCUAGAAAACACACCGGUAAGACCUGAUUCGUUCCGUGGCGCAAUUUUAGGAGCAUUCACUUCGCCGAAAAUAAAUAAAACCAAUUUUUCGUCAGCCUAGAUUUCAUCAAGAAAUUUUCCAGCCCCCGAUCGCAUGUGUAAUCCCUCAAAAUCAACUUCAACAAAUACAAUUUUUCUGCAUCACUGUGUCGUGAAAAACAUCCACAGAAUUUGCCACGCUAAAAAUAACUGAAUCCAGUUUUAACCUUGGACUGAAUUUCGUCGAAAUGUCGUUUUAGCAUCCGAACGCAAGAUCCGACAUGCGGAAAGUAUUUUUACAAUUUCAGUGAACAAAUUUCAAUUUCAUAAAGUCUACAAAGGUUUCGGCUCAUACUUAACCUUCGUACGGAAGAGCUGUCGAAAAGGAGUUUUGCGCCGAGAGCUGAAAAUCCAAGUACCCCCAAGACCAGAUUUUAUUCGAAGGUGAUUUUAGCUCCCAAACGCGAGAUUGGUUAUAAAAUGUGGGAAGCAACCGUAUUUUCAUGAUUUUAACUCUUGAGAACUAAGCUUGAAGGGAUUUUUAAUAUCUCUGUACGGAAUAUCUCUGUUUAUAUCUCUGUACGGAAGAGUGUUUGCCCAAUGCUGACGAGCGAAAGGACGGACUUCCCGCGGCUGCAGCGGCAGAGACUCUUCGAGAUCAUCGACACGAUCUCCCGGGAGCGCGAGAUGACCUGCGGCGUGACCUCCGACCCGAGGACCUUCCGCGACGUCCACAGCCCGUCCUCGACGACCGGGAGCGACGAGACUGCCAGUUCCGUCGACGUGGACAACGACGACGAUGACGUGAGUGUCGGCUGCGAGUCGCCGCCCCCGGGGGGCAAGCAACCCUUCGGCAAGCAACCCUUCGGCAAGCAACCCUUCGGCCAGGUCAUCUCCACCAUGAGCCAGAGCCUCAAGUUCAGCAUCGCCAACAUCCUCCGGCCCGAGUUCGGAGGGGCGCCCCUGCGAAGGGCCCCCGCACCGGCGGCGCCCCCCAGGACGGGCAAGUGCUCGCCCAUCGACCUCUCCAAAGAGGCGCCCCUCCCGGCGCCGGCUUCGCCGGCGCCCUCGGCCUCCCCGGAGGCCUCCGCCAAUGAGAACUCGAAGAUGUGGCCCGCUUGGGUCUAUUGCACCCGCUACUCCGACAGACCCUCCUCAGGAAGAAGUCCGCGGACACGGCGCCCGAAACGGAAGGACAAAACGGCGGAAGAGAAGCGACCCCGGACGGCGUUCAGCCUGGAGCAGCUCUCGCGGCUCAAGACGGAGUUCACGGAGAACAAGUACCUGACGGAGAAACGCCGGCAGGAGCUGGCCAACGAGCUGGGGCUCAACGAGGCGCAAAUCAAAAUCUGGUUCCAGAACAAGCGGGCCAAAAUCAAGAAGGCCCGGGGCACGCGCAACCCUCUCGCCCUCCAGCUCAUGGCCCAGGGGUUGUACAACCACAGCACGGUCCAGCUCUCCAAAGAGGAGGAGGAGCACUUGGCCGCCCAGGAGAUGGAAAUGUGAAACUCUAGCCAAAGAUUAUGUUUUGUCUUCGAUGAUUGAAAUGCUUGUCGAGCCCGAACCAGUGGUGAUUCGUCACAGUUGGCAACACUGUUUUUCCUCCAUUUAAAUAUAUGUAGAGUACCUGUAUAGCGAGAGUAUGGACAGAUCGCUUCAUGGAGGGCUUAGGGCCCAAAAGUGCAGCCACCCUUCUAACCAACU